AUGGAAGUUAUAAAAAAUGAUUUAGAAUAUAAAGUAAAAAUAAAUAAUAAAGAUAUUGUACCAUUAUAUAUGUUAGAAAUUGAUAUAGAUAAUUUAACAGCAAAAGAAAUAGAAUUUAAAAGACCAAUUUCAUAUCAUGAAUUUAGUUAUGACACAAAAUCAAAUCAAUAUAAAUCGAUUAAAAAUAAAAAGAAAGAAAAAGAAGAAAAAGAAAAAGAAGAACAUGAUGAAAAAGCAAUAAUAAUAAUAAAAAAUCAAUAUUUAUAUAGUUCAAAUUUAAAAUAUAAAUAUGAAACUGGUUGGGAGAUGUGCUAUAUUGGUAGAGAUAAUCAUAGUAGAGGAAUUGCAAUUUGGUCAUGGGAAUUCGACCCAAGAUUAGAAAUAACCAAUCUAUUUAUAAAUAUGUUAUUCAUGACAUUCGAUCCAAAUUCUAUCAUUAAUUGGUAUAUCAGUACAAAAUCAAAUGAAGCAAUAUUAAAAGAAUCAUUUAAAAGAAUGGAUUCACAUGAAGUUUAUUCAAUAAUUACCGAUCAACUUAAUUUUACAUUAUUACCAUUAAAUUUACCAACUACACCAAUUCAUUUCGAUAAAAAAUUAGAUUUAACUGAUUAUUUAAAAUUAAAUAAUAAAAAUAAUAAUAACAAUAAUGUAACUAGAUUUUUCUUAGCAUGUGUAAUGGAAAAUAAUAAAAAUGAUAGAACUCAACUAUUUAGAUGUAAAUCAUCAAAUUAUUUCAAAAAGUUUGGUACUUCAAAUACAAAUCCAAAUCAACAUCCAGAUCCAAUUUAUGAUUAUCCAUUCACUAUUCAUUUUAAUUUAUCACAAAAAUCUACAAUUACAAAUCAAUUAAUUGGUGAUGAAGAAGAGGAAGGAGAAGAAGAAGAAGAAGAAGAACAAGAUAAUAUUUAUAAUAAUAAUAAUAAUAAUAAUAAUAAUCACUCUGAAGAUUGUAGACAAAAUAAUAAUAAUAAAUUUAAUCAAUUAAAUAAUUUUUAUUAUUUUAAUGAAGAAGAUGAAUCAAUUGAAUUAAUUAGAAAAAUUAAAUUAUCAAAAAUUCAUAAAUGGGAUAAUGAAAGAGUUUUACAAUGGUUAUUCGAUAUUCAAGUUUAUUCAUUAAUUAGAUUAUUUAAAGAGUUAAGAAUUGAUGGUAUUAAAUUAUUAACAUUUCAAAUUGAAUUAUUACCAAUAUCAUUCACUGAAAAUAAUAUUGAAAAAUUAAAAUUCAUUAAAGAAUUAAGUAAAUUACUAUUAAUAUCUGGUCAAAGAAAUGAAAUUUUAUUAAAAUCAAUUGAAGAAGAAGAAGAACAACAACAACAACAGCAAAGAUUCACUAAAUUUCAACAUCAAUAUAAUCAAAGUAAAUCAACAAUUUUAUCAUUAAAAUCAAAUUUAAUACAAAAUAAAAAAUUAAUUAGAAAAAUUAAAAUUAGAAAUAAAAAUAAAGAUAAUAAUAAUAAAGAAGAAGAAAUUAAAUUAUUAAAUGAUGAAAAUACGAGUAAUUGUCAAUUAAUUAUUCAAGGUAGAAUUUUUAAAGCACAUAAAGAAAUAUUAAUUAAAUCUAGUGAAUAUUUUAAAACGAUUUUAACAUGUGAAUCUUUUGAAGAAUCUACUAAUGGAGUUAUUAACUUUGAAUGUGACAUUGAUUUAACCUCUGAAUCGCUUCGAAUUAUAUUAGAAUUAAUCUAUAUGCAAACCAAUGACAUUCAAUUAGAAUUUUUAAAAAAUUUAGGUUUGAACCAACUAAAAUCCACUUUAAUUCUUUCCGACCGAUUCUUAUUAGUUGAUUCGGUUUGUAAACUUUCGCAAUUAAUAGAAAAUUUUAUAAUUUGGAAAAUUAACUCUGAAAAUAUUAAACUAAUUAAUAAUUUAUUUGAUUUCAACCAAAAAAUCUUUUUUUUUACAAAUUUUAUUUUGCAAUAUAAUAAAUAA